UGGAAAACGAUCUGCAUCAAACUGUCAUCCAUCCAGAAUUCUUGCUCCCGAGACUUAUCGCCGAGCACUAGAGCUCACUUGCUAGUCUACCCGUCCACUGGGAACUGUGGAAACAUCCCCGCACCCCAUAUUCUCGGUGUAAUUGAGUGCUAGUAUAACGGCAAUGACAUACCCCGAGAUCGACGCCGUUUGGCUCACUGCUCCGCCCAAGAUGCUACGCUUGAACGCGUGUGGAAUCGGCUGAAUGAGUGGUUGGCCGCGUUCACGACUACUAGAUACACAGAGUCCCACGAUGCGGCUACCUGGCAGUCUCGACCGUGUAUUCGGUAUUUUCUUUCAAAUCAGUAGUAAUCAUGAGAAUUCCCUCUGCACUCGCGCUGUUGGCCUCGGUCUCAGUAUCUUCAGCUGCUUCUUGUUGGAGAGACACAACUUGUGAUGGGCAUACCGGCCCAGCAUUCCCUGGAGACUGGGACUCGUAUAACUAUGCGCCCAGCUCUCGAAACGUACAGCCCGUAUCGGUUCUCUCCUCAGACGCAUCGUCCACGACAGAUUUUGAUGGCACUGCCUUGCUGUCUGGUAACAACUCCCAGGUUGUUCUAGACUUCGGCGUAGAGGUUGGCGGUAUUACCUCACUGAAUUACACAAUUGACGGCACGGGGCAACUCGGUCUGGCCUGGGCUGAAGCGAAAAACUACAUCGGCCAACAGUCUGACUUCUCGAACGGUGGAACCACUCCAGACGGAUGCCUAUCUGUCAAUCUGACAAGCAGUGGCUCUGGUGGUUAUGAUGUGCCAUUGGUAAAGCUCCGGGGCGGGUUUCGGUAUCUGACGCUCUUCCUCCUAACGGACGACAAUGCCAGCAUCGAGAUUUCAAACAUCUCAGUUGAAAUUAGCUUUCAGCCGACUUGGUCGAAUUUGAAGGCCUACCAAGGCUACUUCUACUCAAGCGACGAUAUUCUGAACAAGAUCUGGUACAGUGGUGCUUACACGCUCCAAACCAACAGCGUGCCGAUUAAUACUGGACGGCGUGUUCCGUUUCCCCAAAACACCUGGGCAAACGAUGGCGUCCUUGGUAACGGCAGCACUAUCAUUGUCGAUGGAGCAAAACGGGACAGAGCCGUAUGGCCCGGUGAUAUGGGAGUCGCGGUUCCAGCAGCUUUCUACUCAAUUGGUGAUCUCGAUAGCGUUAAGAAUGCACUGCAAGUCAUGUAUGACUACCAGAAUAGUGAUGGCUCACUCCCAGAAGCCGGCCCACCUCUCUUGCAGCAAGGAAGCGAUACAUACCAGAUGUGGACCAUGAUUGGGACUUGGACAUACGUCUUAUACAGUAACGAUACGGGUUUUCUGAAUGACAAUUGGAAUCGGUAUACAGCCGCUAUGAACAAUGUCUACGGUAAGGUCUUGGAUUCGGGUCUUCUCAAUGUGACGGGGACAAGAGACUGGGCGCGCUUUGCGACAGGCUGGAACAACAGCGAAGCAAACAUGCUCCUUUAUCGAACUCUUGCGACAGGCUCGGAACUUGCGAAGCUAGCUGAUGAUACCGAACUCAGUAGCACCUAUGCUAGCCGAGCAGUAGAUCUUCAAGCCGCCAUAAACAAUUAUCUUUGGGUUCCGGAAGAGGGUGCUUUCAAAGACAAUGCUACAGACACUAAUUUACUGCCCCAGGAUGCCAACUCCCUGGCAGUGUUAUUCAAUGUCACGACCUCGGAUCAGGAUCAGGACAUCUCGUCUCAACUGACCGGCAACUGGAAUGACAUCGGCGCUGUAUCCCCUGAGCUGCCGAACACGAUCUCGCCAUUCAUCUCUUCCUUCGAGAUCCAGGCGCAUUUCCUGGCCGGCCAAGCUGACCGCGCACUGGAUCUUAUCCGUCGAAGCUGGGGCUGGUAUCUGAACAACGAGAACGGCACACAGUCUACGGUCAUCGAAGGUUACCUCGCAAAUGGUUCAUUUGCAUACAGGUACAACCGCGGCUAUCCGACCGCUUCCUACACAAGCCAUGCUCAUGGCUGGAGUGCUGGACCAACGUCUGCACUCACGAACUAUGUUCUCGGAAUCGAAGUGACCGGGGUCGCUGGGUCAGAGUGGACGCUCAAGCCGCAAUUUGGAAAUCUAACAUUCGCUGAAGGCGGCUUCUCGACAGGCCUGGGCAAGUUUCAGGCCUCAUGGGCUGUGCUGGAUGGUGGCUACAACGUGACGAUCAGCACACCGACUGGAACAGCUGGCGUUGUGCUGCUGCCGCUCCUAGAUGGUGCUACCCGGGCUUCCGUGUCGCUUGAUGGAUCAUAUGCGGCGACGUGGGAUGCCGAGAGUCUAGGCAAGCAUACGGGCUUCUUGAAACAUGUCGAAGGAGGAUACCACACAUUCGUCGUGAAGACCGCGUAGACUACACUGAUCGAGCAAAAGUAUCCGUAUGUUAGAAUGGUGCCUGCCUCUACGCAGGAGAUAUAGAAGGGUUUCCUUCGAAAGCUUAUAGCAAACCUUUAAGGAGAUGAGAUAAGACUAAAUCAUACUGGGAAAAUUAGACUCGCCAAGACGUUAUACAAAAUCUAGUCAAGGUAUCUUUGCCAAUUUUGUAUGAUUUAUUGUCGCGUCACAAAUGUGAGAGGUUUUGGUGGAGAAAGCGUCUAUGUAUGGGGACUUUUGUUCACCCAUUAUACCAACUAGGUGUCAUGUCACUCAGCGGACAGAUUCGCAACACAACUAUUUCUAAUCUCCGU